AUGCAGUUUGUCAGGGGAUUAAAAGACUCUGAUAUACGUCUUCAACUUCUUCAAGAUAAACUAUUGCAACCGUUUAAAGAAGUAGUCGAAAAGUCUGCUACAUUGGAACUAGCGAAAAGUGAGAGCAGAAUAGUAAAGACAAAUGAAAAUCAAGAGGAAGUACACCAAGUAUCAAGCAAGAACAAACAGCCAGAUAGGAAACCUUGUAAAUCUAACAAUAUACAACUCUCUGAGUAUCAAACUCGUUUGGAGAUACUGAGAAACAAAUGCUAUAGAUGUGGUGAUGAUUCACAUAGAGCACAUCAAUGCAAGUUCAAAAAUGCAGAAUGUAACUCUUGUAAACGUUUUGGUCACUUAGCAAGAGUAUGUCUAAGAAAACCAAACAAAGAAGUAAAACAAUCAGAUGAAACCGCAGAAAAUACAAGCGAUGAUGACACUCAUGAAAUUUACCAACUUCAUUCAAAAUCAAAUGACAAGUUUAUGCUCGAGGUAAAAGUGGAAGGACGACUCAUGACAAUGGAGUUAGAUACAGGAGCGGCUCUCAGCAUUGUAUCCUAUGAUACAUUUAAGCUUUUAAACUCUCCAAAAAGGAUUUUCAAGACAAAUGUUCAACUCAAGACAUACACUGGGGAAAUAAUCAAUCCAAGAGGAGUUGUUUUUGUAAAUGUUCAGUAUAAAGAUCAAAGUUUUGUUGGAAAACUGUACAUUGUUAACAAGUGUGUAGACUCUAUAUUCGGAAGAGAAUGGAUAAGAGAGAUUCAACUUGAUGCAGCUGACAUACAUUCAUUAAAUUCAAGUGAAAACGAAAACAUCCAAGAACUAGAUGAUUUGAUGAUUCGAUACGAAGACAUUUUGAAAGAAGGCAUUGGGAAAAUACCAAAAGAAAAGGGUCAUUUUAAUGUAAAAGACGAAACCCAGCCAAUGUACAUCAAACCUAGACACAUGCCAUAUGCAUUAAAAGAAAAAGUAGAGAAGGAACUUGAAAGACUGGAGACUUUGGGUAUAAUCACACGUGUCGAAUCAUCCGAUUGGGGCACACCCAUUGUGCCGGUUGUCAAACCCAAUGGUUCAGUCAGAAUAUGUGCUGACUACAAGGUGACUUUGAACAAAGUUAUUAAAGACGAACAUUACCCUAUACCUCGGAUUGAUGAUAUCAUGUCAAAGAUGCAUUGUGGAAAGAUAUUUUGUACUCUUGAUAUCAGUAACGCAUACUUGCACAUGGAGAUGGACGAAGACAGUGCCAUCAUGCAAACAAUCAGUACUCACAAAGGGCUGUUUAAAGUGAACAGAUUAAUGUUUGGAGUAAAAGUGGCACCCUUGUUAUGGCAAAGAUUCAUGGACAAAACAUUACAUAACUUAGAAGGCGUACAAUUUUUCUUUGACGACGUAAUUGUCCAAGGAUCUAACAGGGAACAGCUUCUUCGUCGACUGGAACAGGUGUUUGAACGAUUGAAGUUAAAUGAUUUGAGGUUAAAUAGAGAGAAGUCAAAGACCUUACCAACAAUCUCGGCAACACGGAUAUUCAACUAUGCUCACUUUCUCUCCGGGUUCGACUAUGACAUAGAGUACAGGCAAACUGCUCAUCAUUGCAAUGCAGAUUAUCUCUCUCGAUUCCCUAUCGAAGUUGUACAAGAACAUUCUGUAGAUGACCUCUCGAAGUACCACAUAAAUCAACUGGAAACACUCAAUAUCAACAGUACCGUGGUGGCUAAGGAAACUCUCAACGAUGCUGUUUUGGGUCCAGUCCUACAGGCCUUGAAAUCAGGACAAUCUGUUGAACAAUACGGAUUUCAUGAUAACGAGCUGUCCAUUCAAGAUGAUUGUGUACUGAAGGGCUGGAGAGUCAUGAUACCUCAAUCUCUCAGACCUCAUGUGCUUCGAGAACUACAUGUAGCUCAUUUAGGAGGAAUAAAAAUGAAGGCUUUAGCUCGCAGUUUUUGCUGGUGGAAAAGUAUAGACAAGGAUAUUGAAGAUAUGGUAACUGAAUGUCGACAAUGCAUUGAAAAAUGCAACAACCCGAGGAAAACUAUCCAUCCAUGGGAACAACCUUCUAAUCCAUGGGAGAGGGUGCACAUUGAUUUCUUAGGACCAACAGAUGGCCAACAGUACCUGAUAUUAGUGGAUGCCUUUAGUAAGUGGGUGGAUGUGAUACAGACGAAAACAACUACAAGUACAUGGACAGUCCAAGAAUUACGGAAAAUCUUCUCAACUUUUGGGUUUCCUCACAUCCUAGUUUCAGAUAAUGGAAGACAGUUUGUUUCUCAAGAGUUCAAAAACUUCAUGAAUGAAUGUGGGAUUAUUCACAGAACAACGGCACCAUACCAUCCAAACUCAAAUGGCCAGGCUGAAAGGUACGUGCAGACUGUCAAGAAGGCGUUAAAAUCCAUGGAGGGAGAAAAGGGUACACUGCAAAAUAAAAUCCAAAGACUUCUAAUGCAACUCAGGCAAUCCCCGAAUUCAACAGGUACAUCAGCAUAUCACCUAAUGUUUGGAAGGAGUGUACGAACAAACCUAGCAAUAAUUGUUCCAACAUUAGAACCGAACAAAUAUCAGAAGAAGGGAGUCCAAGUCGGUAUAAAAAGGAAUUUCAAAGUUGGAGAUAAAGUGCAAGCGCGGGAAUAUGUCAAUGGUUCGUCCAAGUGGUAUUCGGGCUAUAUAACUCAAAAGCAAGGACAUGUAAUGUACGUAGUUCAGCUGGAAGAUGGACGAAUAAUAAGAAGACAUGUUGACCAGCUGAUUCUUCGUAAAGUGCCGCAGCACAUGAACCUUGCGGUAAUGAACUUAGACUGUUGCUACUGUGUUUUCUGGGUUUUGUCACUCAGGGCCCAGGAGGACUACCGUCAACCUUCUACGUUUGGAGCAUGGGCGGAGAAACAUUUCUUCGUGGGGCCCUCUUUUGGGACUCUGGCCAGCCCACCUCUCCGUCGAACUUCAGCAGCCCUCCAGUGA